GAAUUUUAAAUUUGAAGAAAUUCGCGCUGUAUGUAGGGUUAUAUAAAAAAAGGAGAUGAUGCUUUCUCUAUUUAAGGAAUAGUUGUGUUCUUUGUGUUGGCUAUAUGUAAAAUUUGAAACAGAUAUUUUUGGUUAUGUUUAAAGCAGGAAGACGUCAAUACAUGUUUUUAAAUCAUCUUAUGUAAAAAUCAAAUCAAUUCAAAAUAACUAAGUUAAAAUGGAAGGUACAUCUUUAAAAACACCAAGACGUGCUAAGACUGAAGAUGCUCAAGAGGUUUAUUACCCAAAAACUCCAUACAAUAUCAGAGCGAGAGUCAAAAAAAAGUUGAUUGAUUUUAAUUCUUCAGUUGAAGAACUUGUGGAUGAUUCUGAUAAAGAUAGUGAUUAUACAAUUUCUGAAUCUGAAUCAAGUUCUGAUCAAAGUACAUUUGAUUCAACAGAAGAAAGUGAAGAAGACAAUAGUGAUAGUGAAAUUAAGGCUAAUAACAGUGUGUCUAGUAAAUCAACAGAGGCAGCAAAGCAUGACGAUUUCAAAAAGAUGGAGAAAAUUAAUUUAACCAAAAAAAGAAAAAUUAGAAUGUAUAUUGUUAACACAGAUGAUUAUUUUUCUGCUCAAUCCUCUAAGAAAAGUGUUACUUCAAAUAAUACCUUAGAUAAAUUAAAAACUGCUAAGCUAGAUCAAGGGCAAUUGCAGAAAUUACUUCUUAAAGCAAAUGCAUGUAAACAUCAUGCAAAGUGCUUCAGUGAAUUGGAACAAUACAACAAGACUAAUUUUAUAAAAUGGUUGUCUCUACUGCAUGAAGGCUUUAAUUUACUUUUGUAUGGUUUAGGUUCUAAGAAAAAUAUAUUAACAAUAUUUCAAGAACAAUAUCUUACAGAACAGCCUGUUGUAGUUGUCAAUGGUUUUUUCCCUAGUCUCACUUUGAAAAACGUUUUAGACAGUAUUUUAGUAGAUGUAUUAGAAUCAUCUCAAAAUCCUGGUAAUCACCAAGAAGCCUGUGAUAUAAUAACAGAGUUAAUGCAUCAAAAUGAAGGCAUGCAUCUCUACGUAAUUUUCAAUAACAUUGAUGGAAAUAAUUUAAGGAGUGGAAAGUGUCAAAAUGUUUUAGCUAGAUUGGGAUCAAUUAACAAUUUGCACAUAAUUGCAACUAUAGAUCAUAUAAAUGCACCCAUAAUUUGGGAUCAAAGCAGAACUAGUAAAUUCAAUUUUGUAUGGUGGGACGUGACCACUUUUGAAUAUUAUUUGAUUGAGACUUGUUUUGAAGAUUCAAUGCUAGUGCAAAGAUCUGGAACUUUGGCUUUAUCUUCAUUAAACAAUGUUUUCAUGUCUUUAACCAAAAACGCCAAGAGUAUUUAUUUAAUCAUUGUUAAAUAUCAAUUAGAAAAUAAAAAGAGUCAGCAUUAUGAAGGCUUAUUGUUCAAGGAUCUGUACUGGGCCUGUAGGGAGGCGUUUCUUGUAAGUUCUGAUCUAGCCUUAAGGGCCCAACUAACUGAAUUUGUAGACCAUAAAAUGGUUAAAUUUAAAAGAUCUAUUAGCGGAGGUGAACAUUUAAUAAUUCCAUUACAAAAUAGUCUUUUACAACAGUUUGUCGAUGAACAGCCUGUCUGA